AGGAGGAAGAUAACCUUAGAGCCCAAUUGGAAGCUGCAACUAGGGAACUUGAGACGUUAAAAAUGAAAAAUAAUAGAGUCACCCACACAGUUGCAAAGGUAGAAGCUCAGGCUCCAUGUUUUGUUUGUGGGGGAUUGGAUCAUUUAGGUCAAGAUUGCCUGACCUAUGGUGAGAUGAGAGGGGUUUAUGAAGAACAAUGUAAUGCAUUAGGAAUGGGUAGGGAACCUUUUUCACCCUAUUCAGAGACAUACAAUCCUAGUUGGAGGAACCAUCCCAAUUUUAGUUGGAAGGCUAAUCAAAACCAUCCCACAUCAUCCAACAGCACUUGGAAUAGUGAAGCUCAACCACCUAGGUCUUACCCUACACCUCAAUACAAUGCACGACCAAAUAGGAAUCCUUUAGAAGAAACACUUAAGGCAUUUAUGGAGGCACAGACUAAGACUAACCAAAAGUUUGAUUCUAUUCUUACACAGGUGGUUGAAGAAAACAAGGAUAUCAAGAGUCAACUAACUAAGUUGACCAAUGCUCUUACUAUCCAAGAACGAGGUAAGAUUCCAUCUCAACCUCAAGCUAAUCCUAAAAAUUUACAUUUGGUAAAGGAAUCUACCUCUAAUUCGGAGAACAUUCAAGGGGUCAAUGCAAUCACUACUCGUACUGGUAAUGAUAUAGAGCCAUUGCAAAAAUCACCUAAAUUGAAGGAUGCUACUCCAAGUAGCCGUGAAGACGACAUGUUGAAAGAGCCUGAGAAGGAGGUCCCAAUUCGAGUUCCUUUCCCUCAAGCUCUUAAAAUUGGAAAGAUUUGAAACAACCAAGGUUAUUAUCAGAUUGAGAUAGCUUUAGAAGAUCAGGAAAAGACUACUUUUACAUGUCCUUUUGGUACUUAUGCUUUUUGUAGAAUGCCAUUUGGUUUAUGUAAUGGUCCAGCCACUUUUCAACGUUGUGUGCUUAGCAUAUUUUCUGAAUUGGUUGAGGAAAUAAUGGAAGUUUUUAUGG